ACAAGGAAUGCGCCUGUCUGGGCCUCUGGUGGGGAAACGAUGGUUUACCUGUCUCUUUGAAAAAAGGGACUAAGAGGCUGGCGUCUACAAGGCAUGCUGCUCUCUUUACAGCCAUACUUUCUCAAUUUUGCGCGGUAUGAGUAUUUUGAUACAAUUAACCUUGCCUGUGUUUUCGUUAUCCACUUGGUAGGACCAUGGCGGCUUUGGAGCACAAAAAAUGGUGGAAAUCGCACUUAAUAUCACCAUUGAGGCGUUCGCGAUAAGAUUCUCGUACACAAAUUCACGCUCCGCGUAUACAGCGUUCUUGAAUGCCGUCAAUGGGUCCGGGCUGAAAGACCGCGCAAAGACUACGAUCGGCGAGAGAUUCAAUGCUUGGAAAGCGAACACAUCUGGGGCUAGUAUGUUCUGGCUGCAACAGAGACAGUCAAUGUAUAUUAAGAAAGGAAAGUCGGUCGCAACGGCAGGCUUGGUUGACGCAGCAACAAAAGAGCUUCCCAGGGCCAUCCAGAAUGAAACGUAUGCGGGAGAGGAAGGUGGCGCGUCUAGCUUGUCGACUCCCCAAGAAAAAAAACGGAGCUCUUACUACCAGAUCGAAUCAAUUUCAAACAAGAAAACGAGAGGCGACGAUGGAGUAGGCGACGCUGGAGUAGACGACGAUGGAGUAGACGACGAUGAAACAGGUGUCCAAAACGAAGAAAGCCUCAGGGAGGAAGUUAUUCGAGAACUACGCGAGGUGGAGAAGAACACUGAACCUGGAUUCUACCCUCUCAUUCGCGCACUUUACCAUGCGGCGCGGGGUGAAAGAUUUCAAAAACCAAAUCCAAAACCAACUUUGAGCACGCAGCAGUCUUUUUUGUGGGACUUUGUUUAUUCGCAUCUGGACACAUUCAGGACCAUGACACCAUCAGAACAAAAAGAUGUCUUAACGAGAUGAACUUGUCCGAAGAUGCAAAGCAGGAGUCAACUUUACAUAUCCAGCUGUUCGCGAGCAGAUCAAGGCGUACCAAGGGUUUGUGGACGUGCAAGACGGUGUGGACGAGGCGAGACCAGAUGAUCUUAGACGCCAACUCAGAACAGACAUGGCUCAAUUUAAGGAGGGAUCAACAGAGAUGAUGGUUGCCGAGAUACUGAUGAUCCUGUAAGUCAUUUCGUUGUUGGUGGCGAUCGCCUUUCAAGAUAUUAUUUUCCCCUGGAAACUAUACUAUUUCAUUUGUUAUUUCCCUGUUUAGCGUGAAACGGUGCGUGCCGGACAAAUUCGGUCGUGCCAAGAGAAC